CUGCGCAAAGGAUAGCAGUAAGAGUUUAGCUGGCAGACUUGUUACAAUUUUUCCUAUUCACAGAACAAUAUGGCGUCUCUCAUUGAGGAUAGCAGUAAGAGUUUAGUUGGCAGACUUGCUACAGUUUUUCUUGUUCACAGAACAAUACGGCGUCUCUCAUUGAGGAUAGCAGUAAGAGUUUAGUUGGCAGACUUGCUACAGUUUUUCUUGUUCACAGAACAAUACGGCGCCUCUCAUUGAGGAUAGCAGUAAGAGUUUAAUUGGCAGAAUUGCUACAGUUUUUCCUGUUUACAGAAGAAUAUGGCACCUCUCACUGAGGAUAGCAGAAAGGAUUUAAUUGGCAGACUUGCUACAGUUGUUCCUGUUCACAGAAGAAUAUGGCACCUCUCACUGAGGAUAACAGAACAUUUCAAAAAUGACAACCUUCAAGAAAGCUGUUCUGACUGUCAAAACAUACUUGAAGGCAUGAAACAAAUUCACGAGGAAUUGAAGAAGUAUCUUGAGGAAGACGAAACAGCUCGCGCGCAUUUCAUUGAAAACUUUUCAGUUUGGAUUGCUACACGAGAUAAAUCCAUUAAGUCUCUCAAGAAUGUACAGACUUACUUGAAAGAGAACACUUUUGGUGCAAGAUCAUCAAAAAUUGCUAACUCUGCUAGCAAAGUAGGUAAACUAGGUGGCAAAGUGGCUUCUGCCGGAGAGUCUUUAUCCCCUAUUACUGGCGGUCUCUCGUUAGGUUUAACUGCAGGUGGCGUUGCCUUAAUGGCUGCUGGCGAGUUAACUUCUCGAGGAGCAACUGCUGCAGGAUCAUUCAUCAACAAAAACAAAUGUCAAAAGAUUAAAACGAUUUUGGGUAAAGACAAAAAACAAAGUGACGAACUUUUUCAAAACAUGGAAACCUUGGAACGCUGUGACGAAACCCGUGAGAAACUUCUGAAAGAAGCAGAAGAGUUUAUAGAUAUUCUCGAGAAUGGUGUAGAUGUUGAUAAGUCAAUUGUGGGGCUUCUUGAGAAAGCAGUGAAAUUUUUACAGAAUCUAACCCAUCUUGCAGAAGUAACCUUUGACAACGGUAAGAAAGUUUUAGAAAAGACCUUUACAAUUUCAUCAGUAAAUGGUACAUGUGACGAAAAGACAAUUUGUGACCAGGUUGAUCUUAAGCCACCUUCAAACCCGAUCUCCCAAAGUUCUGGUGAGGGUCCAGUUGUAUCCCCAGUAAAGAAAAAAAAAGUAGCCUCAAAUUGAAAUUGAAAGAUUCAAAAAAAUAAUUAAUUUUUUCACAUUUUUUUCGAGUUACUACUUCAUCAAAUCUACAAAGAAAAUUAUGUUUAUCAAAAGAAAGGCUGUUACUGGAAAUACUGACAUUGAAAAAUAAAUGGUUUCUUGCCUUUCGGAUUGCGAGACUUCAGUCAUAUGAAAAGCGACCUGGUAUUCAAAAAAUAAGAGAAGCCCGAAACAAACCCAACACUGCCCAUAUUUCAUGUCUGGUCUUUGAAUGGGUUUCUUUUUUUUUUUAGCCAAUGUUUGGAGCAAUAAAAAAUAUCUUAAUUACGUAUGACAUUAUAUUACUUAGAGGAAAAAGGAGUUACUAGAUAAAAUGUUAGAAUUAGGACAAUCGACGUAUAAUUAUACUUAAAUUGUAUUUCAAGUCAGAAGAUCCAUGUAGGCUAAUUAUUGUUAAAAUAAAGUUCAGUUUACAAUGGCUUAUUGUUAUUACACUUGAUUUGCUGUAUCGUUUACAAUACUUAGCAUUAUUAUUUGCCAUGUCUGAAAACCGUACGUUAGAUUGUACUAGAACUAUUCAACUAAAGUCACAUAGUUGUCAUUGGUUGAAAAUGGACACAGUGAAGUUUAAAGCAAAGAAUUAACAAAAUGAUUAACUGACUCAUCCUUUCCUUGGUUCUUCCUUAAUGGGGCAG